CAUGGCUCCUAACUUAUCUCCUCCAAGCAUCAAUCGUAGCCUUGAAAUGUUUGAACGUGAUAGUAUCGUUAUAGCUUAAAAGCGGGCGUCGCAUCUGCAAUUUCUUGUCAGUCCAGUUCAAUUAUCUUACGCUCUUCAUCAUGGUUGGCAAUGCUGCUUGCGUCACUGCACCAAAGACUCCUCCCCACGGCGUUACCGACGCAAGCACUAUGAAGGCAGGGAACUAUAAAGUAGACGAGAUUUACGAGUCGGUGUUGAAGAAGCCAGUCAACAAGUUCGAAUGGAAGGAAAUUCGAACGACGCUUGAGUUCAAGCACACGAAGACGACUCACGAUAUCCAUGAAGUGGAGAAGUUUGUGAAGUGUCGGAGGGAAACGAACGACUACGCUGAGGGGCCUGAGCCGACAGAUGCAACACCUUUGCCUGCCAGCGGUGCUUCUACGAACUCGCGCCAGAUCCCAGAGGUGGUCUGGUUAGCCAAGUUUGAAAAUACAUACCCGGCGAAAAUGAGGAGGGCGUUAGUAGCAGACGACACUGAACGGGGCAACCGCGUCUCAUACAUCAUCGUAUCGAGACAGCUCCGCCCGAUCACGAAGCUAAGCGGGAAGGAGUUCCUCAGCGCAUGGUGGCAAAUUGUUGUCGGUCAUCGUACCCUCUGGACAGAAGAUGUCCAUCACUGCAACGUCAGCCCUAGCAAUCUUAUGGUGUACCUGACCUUAGAUGGUCGAUGGACUGGCGUCUUCAACGACUUUGACUUAUCGUGGGCUCAAGACACCCCGUCAGGCCAGGAGCGCACAGGGACUGUGCCUUUCAUGGUUCUUGAUCUUCUUACACAGGAAGCCAUCGAAGGCCAGGUCAAGCACCUGUAUCAGCAUGACGCUGAGUCAUUCAUAUGGGUCCUGGUCUAUGUCUGUCUUUGUUAUGAACGCGGCAUGUUCAUCGGCAAGCGCUCACCGCUCAAUGCCUGGCUGAGAGCGGAUGCCGUUGAGUGUAGGAUGCGAAAGAAUGACUUCUUAUUGUCGGGUCGUCAAACCGUGGAACCCGCACUAUCCCAUGGAGAUAUCGACUGGCCUGGCUGGAACUUAGUGCACGCUUUUCUCGACACUGUCAUCGCGCAUACUUCGCCGCGUUAUAGUGCCAAACUGGAGAACCAUGUCGUCUUUGAGACGUGGUUCAAGGACAAUAUUAAGGCCCAGCUCCCGUCGUUGCUCCCAACUAUCCGUAGCCCCAUCAUGUCCGAUACCCAGGCUGAUGUUUUGAUGCCCUGGUGGAGUGGCAGGCGCAUCUUCUACAUCGUCGUAUUCAGAAAGCUUGACCCGAUCACGAAUCUGAUCGGUGACGACUUCCUCAGCGCGUGGUGGCAAAUCGUUACCUGUCAUUAUGAGCUCUGGGAAAAUGGUGUCCAUCACCGCGACGUCAGCCCUAGUAAUCUCAUGGUUUACAAGACCUCAGACGGUCGAUGGAUUGGUGUUCUCAAUGACUUCGACUUAUCAUCAACUCGAGACACUCCCUCAAGCCAGGAGCGCACAGGGACGGUACCUUUCAUGGCACUCGACCAUCUUACACAGGAAGCCAUCGAAGGCCAGGUCCGACACUUGUGCCGGCACGACGCCGAGUCAUUCAUAUGGGUCCUGACCUGGGUCUGUAUUUGUUAUGACGACGGCGUGUUGAUCGGCAAGGGCACAUAUCUCAAUGACUGGCUGAGAGUGGAUGCAGACGGAUGCCUCAAGGAAAAAAGUAAAUUCGUAUUGUCGGGUCGUGAAACCCGCACCAUCGCACAAAGAUAG